UAUAAACACAUAGUCGUCAUAUCCCCAGCAACAAGUUCCGCGCGGUCCGACGGAGGGGAUACACGUCUGACGGGGACCAUUAGCCUCUCUGUUACUCAGUUAUUUACCUUCUACCAGGCAGUGGAUGCAGAACGUGCCAGAGCAUAAGUGGAAAUUGCUGCAAUCAUCUCGUUGAGCGUAAACAAACCAGUUAAUUUGUUACAGGUAAUCAUCAUGAAACCCCGGUGGCCGAUGAUAGCGCUGUGCAUAAGUGUAUUGGUAGCCAGCGCACCAUCCGCCGCGUUCCCUACUAAAGAUGAAUAUGUAGUGAUUGCUGACAAUAAUCAGAAGAGUACUGUACCUGUAGAUACAACGGAAAAGCCGCGCGCGCCUAUCAAAUUGACAGAGAUGCGCGUGCGCUCCGAGGUAGCGCUGCGCUACGCGCGCACGUCGGUGCUCACCCACGUGCACAACCCCGACGCGCGGCCGCAAGAGGUCACCUUCCGCAUGCUGCUGCCCGACACCGCCUUCAUCAGCGGCUUUACUAUGAUUCUGAGUGGAAAGUCCUACAAAGCGUAUGUGAAAGAAAAAGAAGAAGCUAAGCAAAUUUACACCCAAGCGGUAUCACAGGGCCUUGGCGCUGCACACGUCGCUACAAAAGCUCGCGACUCCAACCACUUCACGGUGUCAACCAACGUGGAAGGCAACACAACAGCAGUCUUCGACUUGAGAUACGAAGAGUUUCUGGUCCGUCGGAAUGGAUUGUACAAUCAUGCCAUUAAUUUGCAUCCUGGUUCUUUUGUGCCCAAAAUGGAAGUCGUGGUGCAUAUUAAAGAAUCGCAGAAGAUCACCGCACUGCGGGUACCUGAAGUGAGGACCGGCAAUGAAGUUGAUGCGACGGAGAAAGACGCACAAAACUCGAAGGCUGUUAUUCAAAAAAGUACCAACGAAAAAGAAGCAACCGUCACGUUUACUCCCGAUCUAACAGAACAGAGGAGGCUUGCUCAAAUAUAUGCGGAGAAAACAAAGCAAAAAAGUUCAUCGGAAAAGUACAUUGGAUAUAGCAGCACGGAGGAAGAAAACGAUGAAGAUGCUACAGUGCUCGGGCAGUUCGUAGUGCAAUAUGACGUUGAGCGAACCAACAACGGCGAAAUUUUGGUAAACGAUGGGUAUUUCGUACACUUUAUGGCCCCGACGUCACUCCCGCCACUGAGCAAGUACGUGGUGUUCGUGCUUGACACCUCAGGGUCCAUGAUGGGCCGCAAGGUCGAGCAGCUGCGUAGCGCCAUGGAGGCCAUACUAUCCGACCUAAAUCCAAAUGACUACUUCAGCAUAGUCGAAUUCAACUCUGAUGUUAAGGUUCAUGAACUAAAAGAAGCUGAUGAGGAACCGGCGCCAGCUUAUUCACACUACUCGUAUUUCAACACACGUAAUACUCCUGUGACAUUGGUGCCUCCGUCACCCGCUACAGCCGAAAAUAUUGCUAAGGCGAAAGUUAUUGUGUCCAGACUCAAUGCAUCUGGAGGUACUAACAUCUACAGCGCGCUUGAAGUGGCCUUCAAUCUUGUAAGAAAGGGUACUCGAAACGAAAAUGAAACAGAUGUGUCGAGUACAGUUGCCACUACAACUGAUGGUGUUAGUACUACUGCUGCAACGACUAAGAAGACAGAGAAAAUAGAAAAGGAGUUGGAGCCUAUCGUCAUCUUCUUGACGGACGGCGAUCCGACUGUUGGUGAAACCAGCACUGCUCGCAUUCUGUCCUUCAUUACUGAGAAGAACUCCGGCGAUAAACGGGCGUCUUUGUAUUCGCUCGCUUUUGGUGAAGAUGCGGACCGCGCGUUCCUGCGCAAGCUGUCGCUGCGCAACGAGGGCUUCAUGCGACACAUCUACGAGGCGGCGGACGCGGCGCUGCAGCUGCACGACUUCUACCGACAGGUGUCCUCGCCGCUCCUCUCCCACGUGCAGUUUCUCUACCCUGAGAAACAGAUAAAAGAAGGAUCUUUGAGUCGUAAUAAGUUCCGCACAAUCAACGCGGGCUCGGAGGUGGCAAUCGUGGGUCAGGUCGCGGAUGACGCCACUGAGAUUACGCCGCAAGUAAACGCCUUUUGCGGGAACGAUGAUGGCAUUGGCAGAAAACGUUACGAAGUAUCUCAAAAAGUAAUCGUGCCUAAAACAAAGGAUGAGCACUUACCACUGGAGCGGUUAUGGGCCUACCUCACCAUCAAGCAGCUGCUGGACAAGCGCGACGCGGCCGACGACUCGAAAGACGACAGCGCUGAGAAGAAGGCCCUAGCUAUUGCACUUAAGUACGAGUUCGUAACACCUCUGACGUCAUUAGUAGUAGUCAAGCCAGAAGAAACCAACGCAGUUGAUGUUGAAUCCGUUGAUAACUUACCGAGCUAUUCAACUCCUUUCACUCCUCACUUGGCCAUAAUGGGACCGCCUCCAGCGUCACGGCCUAAUAAUGCCUACCUGACUUCAAACUAUGCUUCCAUUGGAGCCAGUAGCUUUGCUUCACUGCCAGGGUUGCCACCACCAUAUUUCGCAAGCGGAAACAUACAGCCUCUCGCCCUCGACGCCGCACACUUUCCAGAUGCUUUGCAGGUAGAGGAUGAUAUGGAUUACGAUUUUUCAAACCCUCUGAGAACAGUGGCGUUCUUUAAGAGUUCAUCAAGUAGACUACAACCAGGCGGCAUGAUGGAUUAUAAUAGACGACGUCUUGGUACUUUUGGAUAUGAUCAAUAUUCUGCAAUGGGACCAGUUGGUGACGUAUUUGGCUCACCCGGUUUACCAAGCCCAUAUUAUAGCGGUGGAGGUGGUGGUGCUGGCUUCGCCGGCCCACCUGGUCCUUAUAGCCCAUAUUAUGGGUUCGAAACAACUCGUACAACAACGCCGAUCAUUCUUACAACAUACGCUACUACAACAGCUCAGCUAGAGUCGUAUCAUCUAGAAUUCUUUGAGUGGACGUCAUCGUUGCUCAACCCCUUCAAGGACACACUCGCAUUUAACGACAAUGGAACCGAAGUCAUUCUUAAGCUCUCCAAAGAUGAUGAUCCUCCUAAAGCGGAUGGUGGAGAUACCGAAUGCUCGAACAGCACGUCUGCGGUGGGCGCGAGUGACAGCGCGGCGAGUGUGUGCGUGUAUCUCACGCGGUGCCACGCCGCCCGAAGCAUCACUGCCGAUGACUAUCAGAAGAGCUACUGCGUCGUCGACAACAAAUACGCUGGUGUUUGCUGCGCGAGAGCUGAUGUUGACAAAACCCCUUAAUAGAAAUGUUAAAUUAAUUAAGAUAAUUUUAUAAAUAAAUGUUUAAAUAU